AUGGGAAAACGUAAGAAAAGUUCAAGAGGACCCGUCAAGAAGAUCAAACAGAAGUUAGAUGUGACAUUUGCGUGUCUGUUUUGUAAUCAUGAAAAUUCCGUGACUGCGAAUCUUGACAAGCAAAUGGGCAUUGGCACUCUGACAUGUAAAGUAUGUGGUCAAAACUUUCAAGCAUCAAUCAACGUAGCUCUAUCGGAACCAAUAGAUGUGUACUGUGAAUGGGUAGACGCGUGCGAGGCCGUUGCGAAAAAGGGUCAAUCUGGGGAUGAAGAAGGAGAAGGAGAAGGACAUGACUCGGACGGGUACGGUGAAACUUCAUCGCGGCCGUCGGGCAGAGCAGGAAGCAGGCCCUCCGCGCUGUCUGAUGAAGAAGAUGACGAGGAAGACUUGUUUUAA